CUGGCGGAAGUGGAGUGGCGGAAGCGACAGUUGCUAUGGAGCUCGCGGAGGACUGGCUGGUGGAGUCCUUGCGCUUGUACCAAGAUUUCCACGCGUUUGACCUUUCAGGGGCCACUCGAGUCCUUGAGUGGAUCGGUGAAAAAGGAGUCUUUGUUGCUGGUUUUGGAAGUUCGAAAAAAAAUGAGAUCCUUCAUUUGAUACUGCCGCUCAGACUCUCUGUAAAGGAGAACCAGGGUUUAUUUCCGGAGAGAGAUUUUAAAGUGUGCCAUGGAGGAUUUUCAGACAGAUCUGUCUUUGACCUAAAGCACGUGCCAGAUACCAGGUUGCUGGUGACCAGUGGCCUUCCCGGGCAUUACUUGCAGGUGUGGCAGACUGGAGAGGACAAUGAUGUCAUCGAAGCCGUCCGUACCAUUGAUGUGCAGGACAGAGAGGAGAGUCUCUGGCCUCGGGUGUCUGUCUUCUCCUCUGCAGCACCUGGAAUCCUCCACGGGACUCGGCUCAGUGGCCUGAGGACUGUGGACAUAGAAUCCCAGAAGAUCACAUACAGCUCAGGUACCAGUGACAGCGAGUUGUUGAGCAGCCUUCAGGUUCUAGAUGCGGACACCUUUGCUUUCUGUGGCACCUCAGGUCGCCUGGGGCUUGUGGACACCCGCCAGAAGUGGGCACCGUUGGAGACUCUCAGGCCCAGCCCUGGCUCUAGUGGAGAGAGAUGGUGUGCAGAUGUUAGAAACCAGGGGCAAGGCCCAGGGCCCUGCAUCGCCAGCCUUGGCUCAGAUGGGCAGCUUCGUCUCCUUGACUUCCGAAACCUCUGUCACCCUGUGAGCUCAGCCCAGUGCCCCGUGUCCAAACCCAGCCCUGACCCCGAGCUGCUGCGAGUGACUUGGGCUCCAGGCCUGGACAACUGCUUGGCUAUUUCAGGCUUUGAUGGGACAGUGCAGAUCUAUGACGUCACAUCAUGGGAUGGAAAGGAAAGCCAAGUGGAGCCUCUCUUCACUCACAAAGGCCACAUCUUCCUGGAGGGAAAUGAGGUGGACGCUGCUCCUCUGGUCACCACCCACACCUGGCACCCUUGCAAACCCAGAACUUUGUUGUCAGCGGCAAGCGAUGCCUCUCUGCACGUGUGGGACUGGGUGGACCUCCAGGCCUCCAGUUGACAGCAGCCACUUCCCUCCUGGGCCUCCCUCUGAGAAGAGGGGGAGUUGCUCGAGUGGCCGCAGGACGCUGAGUGAACUCAGGCCUGUCACAGCUGUUGACUUCAGGCAGGUUAGCCUUUCCUUGUCCCUUUUUUAUCUGUAAAAUGAAGGUGGUGGUGGCUGCCACCCAGGAAGGCCACAGGUACCCGAGAACAGUUGGUAGGGUGUGUGGCUCCAGGAGCCCCUCCUCCUAGUGUGAAGUGGCCUGCUGUGCUCCUGUCUCCUUCACAGUGUCAUGGUGAGAACAGGAGAGUGUGGAUAUGAGCUGAACUCUUCACAGAAGGAAACUGUCUAAGGACCAAUAAACAUUGAAGAAAAACAGUAA